CCCUUCUGUGUGUGGUUAUUGCAUAAAAGUUUCAUAUUUUCAAUUUUUUUUUUAUUUGUUAUUUUCUUUAUUCUCAAACAUUUUUUAUUGACAACUCGGUGUAAUGAUACGAACACCUAACUUCAUAUUCAGCAUUAUCCGUUUAUCACAUAUUUAUAAUUUUCACUGAUAGAUCUAUACGUAUCUUCCUUUAGUGCCCCAAAGUUUAUAAGGUGUCGAAAUGUUCAGGUCCCGAUACAAUGAGGCGCGAAGCCGUCGGACACACUCCGCAGAGGGCGCGCAGUGCAAGUGUUUUUGUCAACAUAAACAUGAACGACCCUGACCGUCUGAAAUGGCCAUUUUAUGUCUUAAAAUUGCCACAAUUCAGUCUUUCACCGAUGAAAUUAAUAAAUUGCAAUGGAGGAACCGGGUUUGGCGUAAAAUUCACCCAGUCAUCCGUGCAAGCUGACUAUAUUUAUGAUACUGACAGGCAUGGGGAGGAGUACGGCUUGGUUUUCCCCUUCACGGAGAUAUUCUUAAACGGAAACGCUAUUCUUAUGGAUUACAUUAAUUUAGGAAAAAAGCCAACUGAAAACCCCAAAAGCUUGCAGGUGUUGGAAAUCCUGUUGUCGUUCAUCACGCAUAUUGAGGAAGCAGCUAAGGCACUUCAACCUGUAGAGAAGCAAUCAUCAUCAGAAGGAAAGGAUGGAGCAAGUGAAAGUGACUGGUUAGCAAGGCUUGCUGUUCAUUUCCUGUCACCAUUGUCUCUGACACAAGAGUAUAUUCUAGAUAAACAGAGCUCAAAAAUGUGUCAAGAAUGCCCUUGCCGAUGUUCCUGUAAAAAAGUCAUCCCAGAACCUGGUAUGGACAUUUUGAUAUCUUAAUGGGGAAAUUUGGGAAUGAAAAAGGGAAAGUGACUGAAGUAAAUGUAGGUGCUACUGAGGUUCCCAUGGAAACAGAGGACAAGUCGGAUACCAUUUUCGAAUUUGAUGAGAAAUUGUCCGAUGAAUGUCCGUCACAAAUUGAGGAGGAAAUCGAUCAAUUACAUAGCCGCUUCUCACAGCUGAUUUCCCAAACAAUAGUUCUUUCAUUUUAUCAGAAAAAAUAUGAACCUUCUUUGACUCUUGUGCCAUCGAUUGGAGUAAGUGAAAGUCAUAUUCAAUUUAAUUUCUACGACUGUGAAAGAGAUGUUUACCUUUUAAGUCGAGAAAUGUCAUUAUUCUACGAUGAUGACAAGAAAGGCUUGAACUUAAGUACUGUGAUAGCCACCUGGUUAGUUCUCAACCACAAGCACCUGAUCUCUGGAACUUCGGAAGAAAUGAGGGAAGAAAAGUUUGGUUUUCAUUCAAAGAUUUCAAAGGAAAUUUUGCACCUUUUUAAGCAUGAUAUUGAAAUGGGUUGGACCAUGUUUAAGCCAUAUAUAUUUCAGGAUAACAUUUUAUUAAAACGCUAUAAAGUUCUGAGCAAGGACCCUGAUGUCGUGGAUGCAAAAUAUCCAAAAACGUAGUAUUGUAAAAUCUAACACCGAAAAUACACUGGUACAUGUAGCAGUGUAAUUAAUGCGGUGGAGGCAGAUAUACUCUUGCAUGGAUCUAUGGACAGUCUUUCGUUUACAAAUUCAACAUUGCUGGGAAUUGAUAUGAAUAUGAAUCCCCAAACGGCAGUAAAAAUUGCCAGCAACAAUUAAUAAUACAGCAUGCUAUUGUACAUUUGUUGAUUUGAAAUUUAGUGAUAAAUACAAUGUACAGAUGUAUGAUGUUUUCUGGUGAUUUUUUGUACAGCUUUUAGUACAUAUUUAUUAUGAGCAGUGUAUAGUAUUUUCACCCUUGGAAUUCCAGUAUUUUCAAGGCUCUUGUACAGUCUUUUCACAUGUAUGUAUUGGCCAAUAUCAGUCACUUUUAAAAUAUGGAGAAUAUUACUUUUAUUAUGUCAUAAACUUCUUUCUCCUGUAUGAAGAUUAUCAUCUUCAGAAUAGAACAGUUUGACAUUUCUCUGCUUUUUUUUUGUAACCUGUACAAAAUUUGGUAGGAUUUAAAAGUAAUUUAUCUAGAUGAUAAAAGCAUAUGAAAAUUGAAAGUUUUGCUUUAUUAGAAUUUUUCAUAUCAAAAAAUGCUUGGAAAAUUACUGUAGAAUCAUUCAAAUCAAAACACAAGAAUUUUUUUUCCCAAAGUAUUUUUGUCUCAUACCCAAGAUACUGGUUGGCAAUAUUUGGAAUAACCAUAGCAAUGAUGACCUAUGACCUUGUGACCCCUGGGUCUGAAAAUCAACUACUUGUCACAAGCAUAUUUAUGUAUGAAGUUUAAUAACUAUCAGAAGAAAAAUCUGGAGAUAUGUUGCAUUCUGAGAAUGAAAAAUGAUUGAACAUUGCUCAGACUAAUGUUUCUGAACUGAAUCUUAAUAUUAUAUUAUAAUAUUAUUAUUAAAUAACAAGUACUAUUUAUUUAGAGUAUUAGGAUUGCUACUGAAGAAAAAUUCAAAAUAUGGUAUUAAACUAUUUAUUUUGGUAAAAGUUGUUAUGAAUUUUUUUUUCAAGCAAUAUUAGCUCUAAAUCUGAAAAUUUUAUUGUGCUAUUAUGAUAGUUUUUUAUGUAACUGUAACCAUAAUCAUGAUAAUCAUUAAUAGAAUUAAACUAAUGUUUAACAUUUUAUCAAAAUGAAGAUUUUGGUUCUACAGAAAUAAAUUUUUGAACUAGAAAA